AUGUCGCCACCUCCAUCAACGCCUCCCGUGGUCGUCGCUGACGACGAUCUUGUGAUGUGCUGCUUUGCCAUGAUUGCGAGCUGCCUGGCUUGCUCUGCCGGCGUGAGCGUGAGCGAGUACUGUGAGUCGAACCCAAAGGUUGAUGGUUGCGAGGAGGCUUCUCCGCCGCCGUCGCCCAACCCGCCGGCAUCGAUGAGCUGCAGCAUUCCCGUCUCCACGCGGCCUCAAGAGUACUGCGCUGAUCGGCCUCCGCUAUGGCAAGGGGUUAAGCAAGGGGGCACGGCGGCGUGUAAGAAGUACUGCGAGGGCUUUCCCGGCUGCAAGUUCUUUGCGUCGUGGGCGGCAACCAGCUGGUGCCGGCUGGUCGCAAGCUGCGACCGGGUGUGGGAGUCGUCGACGGACGACAUCGUCGCAAUGGGAUGCGCGCUGCUCGGCGUGUACGGCUCUCCGGAGAUCAAGUCGCCCAACAUCGACGCGCUGGCGGCCGACAGCACCCUCUUCGAGCGAGCGUACUGCCAGGUGCCCACUUGCGGUGCCUCGCGCGCGAGCAUGUUGACUGGGCUGUAUGCAUCGCCGACCCGCUUCAUCAACUUCAACACUCGCGCGGACCAGGACGCGGCCAACGUGCCAGAUGUGGCGAAAACAUUUCGGAUGGCCGGGUGCAGCGCGUGGCGACAGGGUCACAGCAUGGGCGAGACGUACAAGGCCAUCUCCAACGGCAAGAUCUACCACCACAGUGGCGACAACAAGGAGUCGUGGGACGAGAGAGGCCAAACCCGCAAGGGGCUCGCCAAGGCUACGGCCAACUCGGAUGGAUCGUUGGAGAACGAGCGGGAGAGUGGCAAGCAACUUCGGGCAUACGCGAACGGACAGGGCCAGUGCUUUGGGUGUGGCUGGCCCGCAUGGAGUGGGACCGACGUGCACGACGACGGCCUUGUCGAGCGCGGCUACCCCGACGGCAAGAUGGUUGUCAAGAUCUUCAACGACCUCCGGGUCGCAAAAGUGGAGGCAAAGCCCUUCUUCAUCACGUGCGGCUUCGUGCGGCCGCACCUUCCCUUUGUUGCGCCGCUAAGGGAUUGGGAGGCGUACGAGAGGGCCGAUGUUCAAGUGCCGCCGUGGGGCAACAACCGCAUCGCCGAGGGGGCGCCCCCACGGGCACUGCACUACCGCGAGCUCGGCGUCUACGACGUUGGCACGAACCCCGUGACGGACAACUCAGGAGGGUACCUCAUGCCCGAGUACGGGCUGGGCAAUCCGCUCUCGGAGGAGAUCUCGCGCUCGCUUGUGCAUGGCUACUACGCGACGGUAACCUACGUUGACCGGCUCGUUGGGCACGUCAUUGGCGAACUCAAGUCACUCGAAAUGUACGACGAGACGAUCAUCGUCUUCAACAGUGACCACGGCUAUCAGCUGGGCGAGCACGGCACGUGGUGCAAACACUCACUUUUCGAGACGUCGCUGCGCAUCCCGCUCUUCAUCAAGGCGCCGGGCAUCGCCCCGUCGCGCGUGCCGGCGCUCGUGGAAAAUGUCGACAUAUACCCCACCCUGCUCGACCUCGUCGGGAUCGCAGCGCCACCGCACCUCCACGGCAAGAGUCUCGUUCCAGUCAUGCGCGAUCCCAGCGCACCCCACAAGGGCCCCGUCUUUGCCCGCUACCGCGACGGCGACUCGGUGCGCUUUCCGGACCUCGCGUACAGCGAGUAUUGCCUGCGGAACUGUUGGUCUCCCGAGACCUGCUCUCAAUACUGCGCGACUCCGCACCCCACCGACCGCAUGCUCUACGACCAUACAAUCGACCCCAACGAGGACCUCAACCGAUGGAACACAGGGUGGAACCGAUCGCAAUACGCCGGGCAGAUCCACGAGAUGCGUGCCGCGCUCGACAGGCACCGGCGCGAGAGGGAUCGCGCAUAG